AUGACCGCAAGACUAUUGAGUGUCAGCAGCAACUUCAUGGAGGAGUUAAAGGUAACAUAUUAAAUACAAAAUAAUUUUUUUCGGGAAAUUCCAAGCAACACCAUAUAUUUGUUCAUAAAGCGCGGGGUGACGUGUCUUUUUGGCUUGUCCGUCGCGGGAUGGGAAUUUUUUUCUUUUGAAAAGUUUUUUUUUGCUUCUACCUAUACGUUUGCUUUUUCUUUUCUAAAGUCACGACUAGUCGCGUUUUGAUAAAAAUUUUCAAAAGUUUCAGCGGAUCAGUCCAAAUUUGAAAAAUCCUUACUUUCUUUUUGAUUCAAGACAUGAUACCAAAAUUUUUUGAUCAUUCAAUUUCAUCCAAACAAAUCAAAGUUUUCAAAAAGAAUUCCAAGUAUCUUGAAUGUGGGUGUAAAGUGAAAAAUACAGCGAAAAUGUACUGUUUGCUCGGAGGGUUUGAUGUUUAUUGACAAAACAAAAAGCUACUGCGUCUUUCUUUUAUUUUUUCAUGACUCAAACUUUUUUUCCGCACUGUCUAACUUUUUCACAGUAGACAAAAGCAAAUUUGAGCCUCUUCCCUAAACUUUGGUCGAACGGACCCUGAGUGUGGACAUUGGAGGCGUUUCUGUGUUAGUAUAUAAAGCUGGUAAAUGAAGGAAUUUCUUUUGUCUAGGUUCUUUCAUUCUUAUAUUUUGACUGUGUCUAAAAAGAAAUGUUUCCAUUUUUAUAUAAUAGAUCUUUUGAGAGACAUAUUGAAUGUAUGCGGGUUUACACGAAUGAACAUUUGAGAAUUUAUUCCUUUUUUUCAAAAAUGAAUUUUUGAACCCCAGUAUGAAUUUAGACAGCGGUUUCAAGAAUUUUAGUAAUUUCACUCUUUUUGAGUUUCGACCAAGUUUUUACUGAAACAAAGAAAACUGAUCCUUAAAAUAAAUUAAUAACGUGACCUAAUUUAGAUUGAUUUGGAAAAGGCCAGAAAAUGUAUAGUUAAACAAACCUUUUUUAUUUCAUAGCGAUUUUUAAAAUAGGCCUAAUAUGUCCCACGACGGCUGGUUAGAAACAAGGUUUUUGAAAUCCUUUUCUUUCUAAUCUAUUGACUCCUUUUAGUUUUUCAUGUUGUCAGUCAUGUGCUUCCAUUUCUUUUACUUCUCUCCUUUUUUCAUUGAGUGGUAGACGAAAUGGAUUGGAAAGGCGUGUGGGCGAUGGGACGAUCCAUUUUCAUCAGUGAUAUUGUUUUCUGACGGCGCCGUGGUUGUUAUUGACGAGAAAUAGUUUGCACUAUCGCCCCAACUCUUGCUUGAUAAGCUCACUCGUCUUCGUGUCCCAUUUGCUGGAAUCUGAGUUUGGUACAGUGUGCAAGAUGAACUUUUCCCUGUCGGCCAGCUCACUCUCAGUUCCCAACAGUCGUGUCCGGCUCUCGUCAAUGUGUCAGGAUGACAAGGUUUUGUUGAAUUCAUUUUCAAAAAUAUUUGUGUUCAACGUUCAUUUUUUCCAAACCCCCUGAAGUCACGAAUUGAAAAUUUAACUAUUCAAAGUUUAUUGACACAUUUUUUCGACUUAUGUUUCGGAUGGUCGUUUGAAAAUGUAACUUUAGGCAAUUUUAUUCUGGAGAUUGAAAAGUUAAUGGGUCCUAAAAAUGAGUGAAAAUUUAACUCUUUGUCCGUAGCGAGAAAGGCAGGCCCAAAAAAAUCAUCUUUCGAGUUAAGUUUUACGAGUUGCCUGCCAAGCAUACAGGGAGAGACGGUUUCUGAAGACCGCCAAACCUCCAUCGAAAAAUUCCAAAAAUAAAGUCAUCACUACCUUCUAAAGUUCCUGAGGUUGAAAAUUGCUUUUAUUGAUACUAAAACAACCUCCCUGAGGUUUCGUUAGUUUUUGGUAGAUUUUGUAAGCAAGCCCACCCUUCUGGACCAAUUGAGUUUUGUACUGCUCAUGAAUGAAACCAAAAAAAAAAACUUGAAUGAGUACACUGAACCAAACUACCAUGUGCUUUGUAGUUGCCUACAGUCUGCUUGUAGUCCGUCUCUUCGCUCAUUUUCUCUCUCUCUUUAUUUUUUCAAUUAAAGUCAUUAGUCGCGCUCGAUGUUUCUUCUAUUAUUGUUUCGCCGCUAAGAGCGUGUUAAACAAUUUAGGGAGUUUUUAAAAGCGAGCGAAAGCGUGCGGCGUCAAUUCGUAGAUCGUCCAGUUUUUCUCGUUUUGACGUGUGUUAUCUGGGAUAUGCGCCUCUCGAAAUGUUCUUUUUAUCCUCGAUUGCAACGUUUUUGAUACCCUUUUCUUGAAUUAAAUUUGAGAAUUAGAGUCUGUCCAAAUGGUUGUCCUUUUUGCAGACUCUAGUCCAUAUUUUUGACCCGGCCAAAAAGCACUUUGAUUAAUUUUGGUCUUUUUUUAUAAAAUCUGAGUAAUUUUUCUGAUCCCGCAUAGGAUAGCCAUAACUGGACAUGCCACGAAACUUUGCAAACGCUCUGAAUUUUUCAAAGGUUUUGAUAGCAAGUAAGCUUGUAAAAUGAAAACGUUCAUCAAACUCGUCUGCCCAGAACUUACGACUUUAUUAAUCUGAAGAAGAGAAAAAUGAGAGCUCUUUGCGUGUAAACUCCCCCCAUUUCUUUUAAUAAACCAUCCUCAGUGUUGACGUCGUUUUUUGUGUCCUUUGCGAGCAUAUUUUACCUAAAUGUCGUGCACCAGGAGUCCGUGCGAGCUCGAAACUCUAUACGAAAUGGUUCCUCACCCUGUCCAACGUCUUUAUUCCCUCGAGCAUAAAGAAGAAGAGGUAUUACUGAUCUUUCGUGGGGUUUCAUUCAUGUUAUUGCUUUGCCGAUCCUUUUUUGUGCUUUUGGCCGGUUUUUCAGUUUUAUUUUCAUAGAGUAAUUAAAAUCUCUUUGGAAUUUUUUUUUUUCCGAUGAUUUCGAAGAAGGUAAAAGGGUUCAUUAAAUUGUUUGCUAUUCCCUGGCUUUUGGGAUAUAAUAAAAAAUUACACAAAUUUUCGUCAAUUGUAAGUCUAUUUUCUGAAAACUUUAUUAAUCAGCUUCAUGCCAUGGUCAAAGUUAUUCCCGCGAAAUGCGGAAUUUGAUUUUCGCGAAAACAGUUUAUUUACUAGCGAACCUGUUAAACAUUGUCUCAUUUUCGAUUAUCUAAGGCUAUAAAAUUUUUACGAUUUGAGAGCAUCAGAACAGUAGUAAAAUCUGCAGCAAACAGUCAACAAAAAACCAAAAAAAAAAUCCUGAAAAUCAAAUUAGAACAACAUUUUUCAGAGCUCUGAGGAGUGGAAAUCGUCUACCAAGCGGGAAGCCCUUGGCCUUUUGGAAGCUGAGCUCGCCCAGCUGCUUUCGACCUCAAGUCAACAGAAAUAUGAGGUGUGGACAGGGAGAAUAAGAACCGUUAGAUUUGUUGUUUCAUAGGAGUUCUUGGUAUUGAACAAGUUCUUCCUAAAGGGCGUUUCUUUCAGAAAGGGUUCUUAUUUUUUCAAUUUUCAGCACGCCCGCAAGGAACUUUCUGGCUUCCGCAACCUUUUCACGCGGUUCCUGCGAGCGAAGCCGCACGUCGAAUGGCAAAAGAUUGAACCUCUUCCCGAGGGCUCGAUCCGGCCAUAUAAAAGUGUAAAUGAACCUUCGUUUCACGUAUCCACGAAAAAUGUUCGUCAUUCAGCUCGCUACCCCAAACUCAAAAGAAGGCAUUGCCGAACAGCUUCGGAAACUCGUUGUUGUCAAGCUUAAUGGAGGUUUAUCUCGUAGAAAAAGUCAACAUGAAGGAAAUUUUUUCGUUUUCAGGCUUGGGAACUUCGAUGGGUUGCAAAGGGCCGAAAUCCGUCAUUUCUGUGAGAAACGACUUGACUUUCCUGGAUCUCACCAUGCAACAGAUUCAAGUUAUUCUUUCUCUUCUUACUCAACUUCAUUUUUAAUAAGUUUUCGUUUCUAGGAUUGCAAAUUAGAGUUUAGUAUACUUGCCGGAGUGAAAUGAGCUCUGAAAAAAUUGCAAAGGUGAGCUGAAAUUGCUCUCGAACAUGCGCUCCACGGCACAACGUCGACAAAACUCAUUCUAACUCGGACCCCGGUAACUGAAACCGGACGUUUUAGGCAAUUCUAGGGAUCAAUUAGGAGUCAGAAAAGUCCGAGAAUUUAAAAAUAAGUAUAAAGAACCAAAAAGGUCGAUCCGCAAAUCCGAGUCUUAAUUCUGAUAAAAAAGAAGUACUUUACUCUUCGUUUUAUUUUUUGACAUUGACGUUCAGUUUUUCAGACCUUGAACAAGACAUUUGGAGUCGAUGUCCCACUGGUGUUGAUGAACUCAUUCAACACGGAUGAAGACACGCAGAAAGUCUUGAAAAAGUACGCAAAUGUCAAGGUUGGUAUAAAAGACCAUUAUUCUGGUUUUUUAUCAUUUUUUUUCUAAUUCAGGUCUCGGUCCACACAUUCUCGCAGUCGCAGUAUCCCAGAAUCAAUCGAGAAACUCUGCUUCCGAUUGCGAAGGCGCUGGAGAAUGGCGAUAAUGAGUGGUGCAUUUUUGUGGAAUUUGAUCUUCAGAGUUUUGAUAGAAAAAGCUCUUCUUUCGACAAUUUCUGGUUGAGAAAAACCAGACUGAGUUUUCAAAAAUUUAGUGAUAAAAAUAAACCAACUUAUUCCAUUCAUUAUUUAAAUUUUAUCAGCCACAAAAUCUUAACCAGAUCUUUCGGGUCAGUGAGUUUGAAAGCCUUGUGAACGCCCUAAAAAAUAAUCUCGCCAAAAAAAUUCAAGUCCCUUCUCUAAACUUAAAAAAGUCUGAACUUAUCCAAGAUGUUGGCGAUCCUAAUCGGAUAAACAUAAAUUCGGGACUUUCAGCUGGUAUCCGCCAGGUCACGGAAACUUCUACGAGGCUUUCGCCAACUCGGGACUUUUGGAUCAAUUCAUCAGCCAGGGAAAAGAGUACUGCUUCUUGUCAAACAUUGACAACAUGGGCGCCACCGUCGACCUCUCAAUCCUCAACUUCCUCCUCAACCCACCUAACGGCGAUGAACAGCCCGAGUUUCUCAUGGAGGUACUUUGAAAAAAAGAAUUUUAGGGAAAUGGCGAGAUUGUUGAAUAGCUUUUAUUAGCUCUCGGCUUGAGGCUUUUCGGAAAAUAUUUCCUUUUAGUCAACCUAGACGAUUGAUUCACGAAAUCAAAACUACCGUACACUAACUCAUUAAAUAAUGUUUCGAAGCCCCAGAAAAAAUUAAUUUCAUGAAGAUUUCAGCGCGCUAGGCCUGAAAAACCAAAAUUUUUUGGGCGGUACUGUAUACAGUUUCUCAGGACUGCGUGCUUAGAACUUAUCUGUCAGAAUCAUCCAAGAAUAAGUCUAGUUGGAGAAUGGUUCCACUAGAGAUCUACGAAACUAAGCUCCCAGAAGGACCACUUUAGUAUCCUCUUCAAGUACUCCUAUACUGACCACUAAAAUUUUCCCAGAGUUAAAAAUUUUUUUUGAGGUUACUGACAAGACCAGAGCCGAUGUGAAGGGAGGUACGCUGAUUCAGUACGAAGGGCGUUUGAUGCUUCUCGAGAUUGCUCAAGUGCCAAAGGAUUAUACCGAUGAGUUCAAGUCGAUCAGCAAGUUUAGGUAAACUUUGACGAGUAUUGAUUCGCCCUUUUUAAACAAGAGCCCUUUCAGAAUCUUCAACACGAAUAAUCUCUGGGCAAAGUUGGAUGCAAUGAAGCGCGUCGUCGAGAACAACCAACUCGAAAUGGAAGUGAUCGUCAAUCCGAAGCACAUUGACCGCGGUCUUGACGUCAUCCAGCUCGAGACGGCUGCUGGUGCCGCUAUCAAGAGCUUCAAGGGAGCUGUCGGUACGUCCUCCUCCCUUUCGGAUCACUCAGGGAAUCACGGUUUUCAGGCAUCAAUGUGCCCCGGUCGCGGUUCCUUCCCGUCAAAAAGACGUCCGAUCUGCUGCUGCUCAUGUCCAACCUCUACGACAUCGACAAUGGCAGUCUGACCCUCUCACAACAACGAUCGUUCCCCACGACACCUCUUGUCAAGCUUGGCAGCAGCUUCGACAAGGUUUUUUUUCUUGUCAAUUUUUUUUGGUUUAAAAAAAGAGAGUGGGCUAAGCAUUUUUACGGGCUUUUCCCUGCACCGUCGGGCGCCGUUCUAGAAUGAUCCCUAUUUUUACAUUUUUCCACCGCUUCUUUAGGUAAAAGAUUUCUUGUCGCGCUUCAAUGGCAGCCCUGACUUGUUGGAGCUCGACCAUCUGACGGUGAGCGGUGACGUUUGGUUCGGAAAAGACGUUUCCCUCAAGGUAAAUUCAAAGAAAAACAGAUCAGAAAAGGUGAUGAUACGUCUUUCAGGGAACGGUAAUCAUCAUUGCAAACCAUGGUGAUAGGAUCGACAUCCCACCCGGAUCGAUACUUGAAAACAAAAUUGUUUCCGGAAACUUGCGUAUCCUCGAGCAUUAA